UCCGGUUGCGUAAGAAAAACUUCCUGGUCUCUGGUCUCCCAUAUGGAAGCGUGACUUUCAGCCCACUGCUGCACCUGAGCGAAACAACCGAGCAACAUUAGCUUAGAAAAAAUGUUACUCUUAUCGAACAGGAUAAAAUUAUGUUCUCUGGCGUUUACCGCCGCACGUAUGUACAGCAGCGGCCCCGCAGCUGCUAACAACAACCCGACGGUUUACUUUGACAUUGCUGCAGACAACGAACCACUGGGCAGAGUAACCUUUGAGCUCAACGCCGAAGUUGUGCCAAAAACCGCAGAAAACUUCAGGGCGCUGUGCACAGGAGAGCAUGGUUUCGGUUACAAAGGAUCAACUUUCCACAGGGUGAUCCCUCAGUUCAUGUGCCAGGGUGGAGAUUUCACGAACCACAAUGGAACUGGUGGGAAGUCUAUCUAUGGAUGGAAGUUUCCUGAUGAGAACUUCAAGCUCAAGCACACCGGACCUGGAAUCUUGUCCAUGGCCAACGCUGGACCCAACACCAACGGUUCCCAGUUCUUCAUCUGCACCACCAAAACAGAAUGGCUGGAUGGCAGGCAUGUUGUCUUUGGCAGCGUGAAGGAGGGAAUGGACGUGGUCAAGAAAGUGGAGUCUUUCGGUUCACAGUCUGGGCGAACCUCCAGGAGGAUCACUAUCACAGACUGCGGGGAGCUCAAGUAGACUCCAUGCGAGCAGAGAACACAGUCCUAGUCUCAUCUCCUGCUGUAAUGUCAAUGUGAGAGUCAGAGUGAAAGAGGCUCUUUCUUCUGUCACGGCACAGAGUGCUACCUCUCUGCCGACAAUAGAUAAUCUCAGACUCAGGGCGCAGUUUUUCUGUUGGUACUUGAAUUCUUUAACAACUAACGCACUUAGCUGUGUCAUGCUACAAAAUGUGAAGCAGUGUUAUGGAACUUGGGGUUCUGAGAGCUAUUCAUUCAUCAACAUUUGUUUAAAUGAUUUUGGAGAGGGGCAUUUAUUUGCGAAAAAUAAAAGUAAAUUUUCUAAUUA